AACGAUUUGCCUCUUCCUAAAGGUAGGUUCUUCAUUUCUCUCAGUGCCCCUUUGCGUGUUUCAGCUUCUUCUUUAUGAUCUAAUUCAUGUCUAUGUUUCGUUUGAUUCUUUGUUCAAUUCUGAAUUGAGAAAAUGGCGAUUCGAGAUCUGUCUCUUCGGUUUUUUAGUUCGACUGAUUUGGGAAUGUGAAGAGAUCAGAUUGAUUUGUUGACAGAGUCUUGGGGGUUUUCAAUCUUAUUCCUCUAGAUUUUCGAAAUUCGAUUCCUUUACAUCAGAUUUCGCUUAAUUCUCUGUCCUAGUGAGUUUUACGAUCUUUAGUCUUCUGGUUUGUCAAAUUCUAUGUCUUUUCAUGUUCUUCUGAGUUUUAAUGGUUGAUCUUCAAUUACUUGGCCACAAUCUCUAGAGUUUGAGACUCUUGACUUGUCUUGCAUAUAUUCCUCUGUAGAUUGGUUUUAUGUUUGGUUUCAAUUCCUUGUUGAACUAUUCUGAUACGGAAGUUUUCCUUUCUAAGGUUUGGUGUUUCCUUUUUCUGAUAAAUAGUGAUGAAGAUCGAUUAUGAUGAUCAUGUAAGAAUAUAAUCUAGCUUUGGUGUUUGUAUUGGUUUACCUGAGGGAAGAAAAGUCUUUCUCUUUGGGACUUUAAACUUUGAUUACUUAACUCCAACAUUAUCAUAGUUGGGUUCUGUAGUUCAUUUCACUUAUAGCAGUAAUAACUCAUUGAUUGAUGCAAUCAAUCAAUCCUGUGAUGGAAAUGGAAUCAUGGAAAUUGAGGGAUUCAGGGAGGAUUGAUUGAUUAGAAUUUCAUAUUUAUGAGAGAAUAAGAGAACUGAUGUGUGUUUCUUUUCCUACUUCUUAAAGUUGUGCUCUUUCCUAUUUCUAUAAGCUCUUGUGGAUAACAACAGUUGAUUAACGUUCUUAUGCUUGUUUAGGGUACAACAAGAAUGGAAGAAGAGUAUGAGAGUCGUCGAUUGAGGAGAUGGGAAGAGUUGGACACUGACAUCUUAGUAAGAAUUUUCCAGAAGUUUAGCGUCUUUGAGUUGACUUCGGGAUUAGCUCAUGUUUGUAGAGGAUGGAGAGCUGCUUGUUGCGAUCCGAUUCUUUGGAAGACGGUGGAUUUGUCAAACAUGAGAUCUAGUUUCAUCAAGAUCCCAUUAGAGCCUUAUGUCUAUGUGGAACGCCGAUCUGAUGAGGCCCUAACCCGCAUCCUGAAACUCUCCAUGAACCUUAGCGGAGGAAGCACGAGGACCUUGAUUUUUCAUUUCAACUUGUUCUUGAGUGAUGAUCAGCUUACUUACACCGCAGAAAGGUGUCCAGGGUUGAGACGGGUCGUCCUACCGGCUUGGAACAGAAUAAAGAAGACUGGUAUAUGCAAAGCGAUAAGAAUCUGGAAAGAUCUAGAGUCACUAACAAUGCCAAGCAUCGCAAACCCGCCUUAUCUCUUAACAGAAAUUGCCAAGAACUGCAAGAAUUUUAAAGAGCUGAAGAUCAUGGGUCCAUUCGAGGUCUUCUUUGCAAACACGCUCAUCACUUGCCUCCCAAACAUCAAAACACUCAGCAUCAGAUGCUCGGCGAUAAAGCGGGAAGCACUGAUGAAAAUCCUUGACGGAUUACCAAGCCUUGAAGUGCUCAACAUAUCACACUCUCACCUAGUGGAGUACAGCGGUUGGCAGCCUCAGCAGAAGGUGAUUGUUAGAGAGCUCGAUAAGACGAUAAUGGAGAAAACAGCAAGGCUAAAGAAAUUCUUGACUUGCAUGGAUCACAAGACGUGUGUGAUGUGUCAGAGGACUGAAAACGAUGAAGGGAUUGUGAGAUGGUACAAGUAUGAGGAAGGAGACUGGAAGGUUGAUGAAGUGAGUUCUCUUCAUCUUUGAUGUUUCUGCUGUGAUCAUUCUCUGUGAAGGACUUAACUUGUUAUUGUUCUCAUCUUUGACUGUUGAAUUGUUUAUUUCUUUGUGUUGUUUGUUUUGAUUUGAAUCGUAUUAUGUGUAUAUAUCUGUAGGCUAUGCCAAUGAAUGUCUGUAGUGAUCAACUUUUGAUCACCACCAACCUUGCACACCAAAUAGGAAAAUAAAACAAUAUUGUUACAAUUAUUUGUCUUGAUAUUAGCA